GAAACACUUGGAUACGUACAGUUCCUCACCCAGGAUGCCCUUCAAAGCUGGAUUAGAACUGACUGAAUUGCAGAAUAUGACUGUCCCUGAAGAUGAUAACAUCAGCAAUGAUUCAAAUGAUUUCACAGAGGUGGAAAAUGGCCAGAUAAAUAGCAAGUUUAUUUCGGAUCGAGAAAGCAGAAGAAGUCUCACAAACAGCCACCUGGAGAAGAAGAAAUGCGAUGAAUAUAUCCCAGGAACGACUUCGCUGGGGAUGUCUGUCUUCAACCUCAGCAAUGCAAUUAUGGGCAGUGGGAUUUUGGGUCUUGCUUUUGCCUUGGCCAACACGGGAAUUCUCCUUUUUCUGCUGCUUUUGGUUUCAGUGACACUGCUGUCUAUUUAUUCAAUAUAUCUCCUGUUGGUGUGUUCAAAGGAAACAGGCUGCAUGGUGUAUGAAAAGCUGGGUGAGCAGGUCUUCGGUACCCCAGGGAAAAUGAUUGUCUUUGGAUCUACAUCUCUCCAGAACGUUGGAGCAAUGUUGAGCUAUCUCUUCAUAGUCAAAAAUGAGCUGCCUUCUGCCAUAAAGUUUCUAAUGGGAGAAGAAGAAACUUUUUCGGCAUGGUACGUGGAUGGGCGGAUUCUUGUUGUCACAGUCACGUUUGGUAUAAUCCUCCCUUUAUGUCUCCUUAACAACUUAGGGUAUCUUGGCUAUACCAGUGGAUUUUCAUUAAGCUGCAUGGUAUUUUUCUUGAUAGUGGUUAUUUACAAGAAGUUUCAAAUUCCCUGUGGCGGAUCGGAGCUAAAUGCAACAUCAUCUAUCCUAUCAAAUAGCUCAGCACAUGAACAUAUGUGUAAGCCAAAGUAUGUUAUCUUUAAUUCCAAGACCGUGUACGCUUUGCCCACCAUUGCUUUUGCAUUUGUGUGCCACCCUUCAGUCCUCCCGAUUUACAGCGAACUUAAAGACCGUUCACAGAAAAAAAUGCAGUUGGUUUCAAAUAUCUCAUUUUUUGCCAUGUUUGUGAUGUACUUUAUGACUGCCAUAUUUGGCUAUUUGACUUUCUACGACAAUGUGCAGUCAGAUCUGCUUCACAAGUACGAGAGCAAAGAUGACAUCCUCAUCCUGACCGUGCGCUUGGCUGUGAUCGUUGCGGUGAUACUCACGGUGCCAGUGCUGUUUUUCACUGUGCGUUCAUCAUUAUUCGAACUGGCUAGGAAAACCAAAUUUGACUUAUGCCGUCACGUUUUGGUUACUUUUGUUCUUUUGGUUAUCAUCAACCUGUUAGUCAUUUUUAUCCCGACCAUGAAGGAUAUUUUUGGAGUUGUAGGGGUCACUUCUGCCAAUAUGCUGAUUUUCAUUCUUCCUUCAUCAUUGUAUUUAAAAAUUACACAGCAGGAUGGAUCCAAGUUGACUCUGAGGAUUUGGGCUUCUCUUUUCUUGGCGCUGGGGAUAAUGUUUUCCCUAGUGAGCAUUCCCUUGGUCAUCUAUGACUGGGUACAAUCAGGAGGCAGUGCCGAAGGCCACUGAAGUGCACCUCCUUCUGAAAAGAAGACGCCCCUGUUUGCUACACACCAAAAUCGCAACCAUCCGUUCUGUUAUCUAUUCCAUCUUUUGUGAGUUUACUCAAAUCAAAUCCAAAUAAUGAUUAUCCAGUACAGAAAAUACUGUUAUGGGUUUAUUUUCUUGCAGAAAACAGACAUGUUUUUCCAACAGGCAUAUCACUUUGUCCCCUAAUAUUGAGUUAUCAGAUCAGCGUAAAGUCUGUGUUAAUUGUCUGUGAGACUAUAUAGAGUGUUGCUCAUAGAAAUUCAUCACAAUUAAUUUGUUUCCCCUCUUCCACCCAUGAAUUGCAUUGCUCCGUUAUUAUCCUUAGCCCUUCAACCACAAGCUCUGCUCCUUUAGGGCAGCAGCGCCUCUUGUUAUCAGUCCCAACUGGAGUGAUGUCAGUUCACACCCUUCCCUCCCGCCUUUUAGCCAAAACUCUGCUCUCCAAUUGUACGCAUCUGGUUUGUUGGUUUGUUUGUUUGUUCUGUUGCUGUUUCAUGCACCA